AUGCUGCACCCAGAGAAGGAUGCAAGUCUUGAUGAUUGCCUGCAGCAAUAUAUAAAGAACUUUGAGAGAGAGAAGAUUAGUGGUGACCAGCUACUACGCAUUACUCAUCAAGAACUGGAAGAUCUUGGAGUCACACGAAUUGGCCAUCAGGAGCUUAUCUUGGAAGCAGUAGACUUGCUCUGUGCACUGAACUAUGGUUUGGAAACAGAAAAUCUAAAAACCCUUUCUCACAAACUGAAUGCAUCUGCGAAAAAUCUGCAGAACUUCAUCACUGGGAGGAGGAGGAGUGGUCACUAUGAUGGAAGGACGAGCCGCAAGUUACCGAAUGAUUUUCUGACAUCGGUAGUGGAUCUGAUUGGAGCAGCUAAAAGUCUGCUGGCUUGGUUGGACAGAUCACCUUUUGCUGCUGUCACAGAUUACUCAGUAACAAGAAAUAAUGUCAUACAGCUCUGUCUGGAACUAACAACAAUAGUACAACAGGAUUGCACAGUAUAUGAAACAGAGAAUAAAAUUCUUCACGUGUGUAAAACUCUCUCUGGCGUCUGUGAUCACAUUAUCUCUCUCUCUUCUGAUCCGCUGGUUUCCCAGUCUGCUCAUCUUGAAGUGAUCCAGCUUACAAAUAUCAAGCCAAGUGAAGGGCUGGGUAUGUACAUUAAAUCAACAUAUGAUGGUCUCCAUGUAAUUACUGGAACAACAGAAAAUUCACCUGCAGAUCGGUGCAAGAAAAUCCAUGCUGGGGAUGAAGUGAUUCAAGUUAACCACCAAACUGUGGUGGGGUGGCAGUUGAAAAAUUUGGUGAAUGCACUACGAGAGGAUCCGAGUGGUGUUAUCUUAACUUUGAAAAAGCGACCUCAGAGCAUGCUUACCUCAGCACCAGCUUUACUGAAAAAUAUGAGAUGGAAGCCCCUUGCUCUGCAGCCUCUUAUUCCUAGAAGUCCUACAAGCAGUGUUGCUACGCCAUCCAGCACUAUCAGCACACCUACAAAAAGAGACAGCUCUGCCCUUCAGGAUCUCUACAUACCCCCUCCUCCAACAGAACCUUAUGUUCCAAGGGAUGAAAAGGGAAAUCUCCCGUGUGAUGAUGUUGGCAGACAUAUAGUGGGCAAGCCGGUUCAUACAGGAUCCGAAUCUCCAAACUCAUUUCUUGACCAGGAAUAUCGGAAACGCUUUAACGUGGUUGAAGAAGAUGCAGUUUUAUACUGCUAUGAAUAUGAGAAAGGAAGAACAAGUGGCCCUGGAAGGAGAGAGAGCACACCAACAUAUGGGAAACUAAGGCCUAUUUCUAUGCCAGUAGAAUAUAACUGGGUGGGGGAUUAUGAAGACCCCAAUAAAAUAAAAAGAGAUAGUAGGAGAGAAAAUUCAUUGCUUCGCUAUAUGAGCAAUGAGAAAAUAGGUCAAGAAGACUACAUGUUUCAAAGGAACAGCAAAAAGGAUACUGGGAAAAAGUCCAAAAAGAAGGGAGACAAGAGUAGUAGUCCAAGUCAUUACUCGCUGUUGCCUAGUUUACAAAUGGACUCAUUGAGACAAGAAGUCAUGGGCACACCUGGACCAGAAACUGCUUUGUACCACACAUUUCAGCAGUCUUCUCUACAGCAGAAAAGUAAAAAGAAGAACAAAGCUCCUAUUCCUGGUAAAAGCAAAAGACGGAUCUCAUGUAAAGAUCUUGGUCGAGGGGACUGUGAAGGCUGGCUUUGGAAAAAGAAAGAUGCCAAGAGUUAUUUCUCUCAGAAAUGGAAAAAAUACUGGUUUGUCCUGAAGGAUACAUCUCUAUAUUGGUAUAUCAAUGAAGAGGAUGAAAAAGCGGAAGGAUUCAUCAGUCUACCUGAAUUUAAAAUUGACAGAGCCAGUGAAUGCCGCAAGAAAUAUGCAUUCAAAGCCUGCCAUCCUAAGAUCAAAAGUUUUUAUUUUGCUGCUGAACAUCUAGAUGAUAUGAACAGAUGGCUAAACAGAAUUAACAUGCUUGCUGCUGGCUAUGCAGAAAGGGAGAGGAUCAAACAAGAGCAAGAUUACUGGAGUGAGAGUGAUAAGGAGGAAGCCGACACUCCGUCGACACCCAAACAAGACAGCCCACCACCUCCGUACGACACAUACCCACGGCCUCCUUCGAUGAGCUGCGCGAGCCCUUACGUGGAGCCAAAACACAGCCGACUCUCGUCCACGGAGACCUCCCAGUCGCAGUCGUCGCACGAGGAGUUUCGCCCGGAGGCGUCGACCUUGCCCACCCAGAAGUGCCACCUGCAAGACCACUAUGGCCCCUUCCCCCUCGUGGAGGGUGAACGGAUGCAAGUGCUGAAUGGGAAUGGGGGAAAGCCCCGAAGUUUCACUCUGCCUCGGGACAGCGGCUUCAACCACUGCUGCCAGAGCCUUUCAGUCGGUGCUGCCGAUCACCACGAAGAAGCGCAGCAGAAGGAAGUGGAGGAGGAGGAGGAAGAGGAAGGCAAAGCAGCAGAAGAAAACCAGGAAGAUAAAAUUGAAACGAUAGAGGAAAAAACAGCAGACUCCUUGCAAGAUUUGUACAGAGCCUUGGAGCAGGCCAGCCUGUCUCCUUUAGGAGAACACCGGAUUUCCACUAAGCUGGAGUAUAAGAAAUCUUUUGUAAAGAGAUGUAGCGAUCCAGUAGUCAAUGAAAAACUGCACCAGCUGCGAAUUCUGAAAAGCACUUUAAAGGCCAGGGAAGGAGAAGUAGCCAUUAUAGAUAAAGUUCUGGAUAAUCCUGCUUUGACAUCUAGAGACUUUCAAGAAUGGAAACAAAUGUACCUUGAUCUCUUCAUGGACAUCUAUCAAAGCAGCACCCCGAGGGACUCUGUUAAUGGCUCGUCUGAGGUUGAUGCACUUAUAGCCUCCUUAGCGCACACUCACUCUUACAUUGAAACGCAUGUAUAAAGGUCUC